GCGGCCGUUGCCGGGCGACCGGGCGGGACCGGCCGGGCCCGGCCCGCGGCUCUUCCCCGGGGCUGCUUCCCGGGGCUCUCCGCCGGGGAUUCUCCCCGAGGCUCUUUGCCAGGGCUCUCGGAGGGCUCGGCGGCAGCGAGACCCGUCCGCCAUGGCGGGCGGCUGCGGGCUGCAGUUAUUUGUGAAGCCAUUUCAGGAUGAGCUACAGGAAGCAAUUUCUGAUUAUGUAAGAAGCAAGGAAAAGGAUGAAUAUUCAGACGACUUUGAAAGUGAUGAAGAUGGCAUGUUAAAUGAUGUUGGGAAAGAACUCGCUGAAAGUAAUUCAGGUUCUACAAGCACUGAGAGAUCUGUUGCUGGGAGUCCUCUCUUGAAUGAUGAUGCUUUACAAAAAGCAGUAGAUUUGGAAAAUGAAGCUGCUGAUGACUUGAAUUUAUCCUUUCAUGAAAAGAAGCUUCAGCAAAUAAUGGUUUUAGAAGGUGAGUGCAUACAGAAUGACAGAAACUAUGGCGAAGAAGGAUGUUUGGAAGGUCAAAAUGAGGAUAAUGACAGAAAAAAUGAUGAAGAAGUACUGCGUGAUAAUAGUGACAGUGAUAACUUGCCUAUUAAUGAACUACGUGAAAAAAGAAAUCAAGAGGAAAACCAACCAAAAGCAAAGCCUCAGACGCACAAAAAAGGAAAUACUUCAGCAUCAGACCAAGAUCAGAAGACUGUCAGCACCAGUGACUUGAAACUGGAGGACAAUGGUAGGAAAUCCCCUUCUGUUGACAGUUCAGAUGGAACCAUGAAAAUAACAGAAGAGCAAACAAUUGAUGCAGUGCAGGAGGUGUCAGUGAAUGAUCAGUCUGAGCAUGGGGAGGCAAAAAACACAUCCAAGAACUCUGUCAAGAAACUAAGUGAAACAAAGGAGAAAGUUCUACAAAACCCAAAGGCUUCUUUAUCUGACAGGUCUACAACUUUUGUGCAUUUAAAGAGAAAGGGGAAAGCUGUUCCAUCAACUUCACCUGUUUCAUCUCAGUAUCUGGGAUCGUUAAAGGUGUUGGAUGAUAAAUGCAUGCAGAAGAAAAGUCCAGAAUUCAACAAAAUAGAUAAUUUAAGGGCAGCUGUUUUUCAGAACUGGUUGGAGAAGAAAAAGCUCCUUCUACUGGAAUUAAAGAGAAGUGAAAAGGAAAAAGCUGAAAUUCUAAGGAACAAUACUGAAAAGAAAGAAGCACUUAAAAGAGAAGAAUCAAUUGCAUGUUAUGAAGCCUGGAAAAAAAAGAAAGAGAAAGAAGCAAAGAAGUUAAGCGAAAAAAAAAAGCGUGAGGAACUUGAGGAAAAGAAACCAGCAGAACAGAAUAAGGAAAAAACAGAAGCAGCACAAGCGGCAUUCAAAAAAUGGGAAGAAAAAAAAGUGCAAUAUUUAAGAGAGCAAAGCAGGAAAGAAAAACAGUCUGAAAGAAUGAAGAAGAAGAUAGAAGAGGACCUAGUUGCAGAGAAGAGGAGAGUCAGUGCAUCAGCAGUUGAAAAAUGGAAUGAAAAGAAGGAAGAAUAUAUAAAAAAGAAGAAAGUAGAAAAAUUCCAAGAGAAAAGAAAGCGAGAAAUACAACAGGCAAAAAAGGAAGAAAAAAGUGUAAAGGCUAUGGAGGAAUAUGAAAGAUGGCUGGAAAAUAAAAUGAGGAGAGAACAGCUUGAGAAGAGCCAAAAGAAGUUGCAGGCUGUCCAUGGGAAUGAGAUGAGUCCUCCCUGGAGACCACCUGGCAAAGUCACAUAUUUUUGUAAUUACUAAGCAGUUUAUUGCCUUCCCGAAGAACAAAUAGUUUACAAAGUUCUGUCAAUAGCCAGUAGCUCUUUUGUUAUCAGUUGAUUUUCACUGAAUCCAUUAUAGGUGUUAAAUUAUUUCUUUUAGUUUAUUUGAUAUUUGCAGUUUAAAUAAAACUGUCACACAUUUGCAUUGCUUUAGAAAAUGUAAUCAUUUUUCUAUUCCUCAUUUAAAUUACUUUUGCUAAAUUCCAUGUUAUGUCAUACAUUUUUGGUGAAAAUUUAUAUUCAGGAUACAUAAAGCUGGACUCUGGCAUUUUUUUUCACCCUAUAAAUAGCAGAAUGGUUAUUUUUAAGUUAUUAGACCACACUCUUAAGGAGUUAAUUCUUGAAGAAAUUAUAUGGGGAGGCUGUGGGUAAGGAUAAUGGUAAGGAGAUGUGUGCUCUCUUGUGGUAGAUGACAAAACACUAGUAGUAUGGAGGCAGAAUGUUUUUUCCAUACAUUAAUAUACAAGACACAGAGAAAAUACAUAUUGCAGAUAGGUGAUUGCUUCAGUGGCUCACGUAAGAGAGUAAAAUUACAGAGAGCAGCAGGAGAGAUGAGGAAUUGCAGCCCUGGCAGAAUGCAAAAGAAUUGCCUAUUCAAAAGUGGCACUCCUGGAUUUUAUGAGAAAAUACUAAAUUACUUCAGGCCUUCAGACUGGGGUGGUGGUGUGCAUCAUUAGUGCUCUGGGCUUUUUUAGCACUUGGAGCCUUGAAUUUGGGUUUAGUCUGUUCAGAAACUCCAACUAUAGUAUCAUGGGAGGAUGACAUUUGUAGCAGGCACCAGAAUUUAUUGUACAACAGACCUGAAGAGAAUGAGACAAGGCAGCCUGUGAGAAAGGGAUCAUCUGGAUCUUUAUUUUUGCGCUGUCCAACUAGAGGAAGCAAGGAAGGUCCCUAUGCUGACUUGAGGGAUGGAAAUGAAAAGUGUGUUAGAAUUAGUGGCAGGGAUCGAAGAACUUGUCAGGUGCCUGUUCCUGAACUGAAUGCUGCAUCCUCACUGACUUUAAGCCUUUCUAUAACUGGAUAGAAGGUUUUGACAGAAGACAGAAGUGAGAAGAUGUGGGUGACAUUUUUCAGAGGAAUGAGGAGAAGCUCACAAAUUCACAACUUCUCAAUUAGGAAAAGAUGCUGAAGUCUGUAGACAAGGGAAAACAGCUGAUAUGUUUGACUUUUAUAAUAACAUUUGGGGGACUUAAUUUAAUGUUACAUUGUAAAAAAUUGUACAUGUUACAGCAUAAUAUGAAUUUCAUAGAAGAAUUAGAGCUGAUAAAUAUAAAAAUAUGUACAUUAAUGUAUAAUAAUAUACAUAUAUCUGUAUAGAUCCUAUCUAUGUAUUUAUUGAUGACAGAAAAUAUUUUGUAUUAAUAAAGUAUAUUUUAGUA